GCGUUAUUCGGACGUUUAGUGUGGUUCAUUUUUAUGUAGAAUGCCAGAAAAUAGUGGGGCAGAGAAUGUAAAGUAACGUGGAAAUACAAGACAACUAUGAUACUAUUUUCAUUGAAAAUGAAAUGUUUGAUAGUUAUGCAAGGCGUUUCAAUGUGUUCACUGAAAUAAUAGAGCCAGAUCCAACUCCGAAACAUGGAAUUAAACAUAUACCACAAAAGUCACUGUAUGCUGACACCACACGAUUUCGACGACUGACAACGAAACAGAAAUGUCUGAUUGCACAUGUUGAACUAGAAGAGUUUAAAAACACAAUAAAUAGGGCAAAGGAUCAACUAGAAUCAGAGUUAUUACAGUAUACGUCAGUUCUAGAAACAUUUAAUCUUGAUCUAAAAGACAUUGAAAGUCGCAGGUGUGCGCUGAAGACGGUUAUGCGUAAAGGAUACUGUUUACGUUUGGGCACGUAUACAGCUGAAGCCUUAAUACAAAACCAUGAGAAGAAUAUGAUAAAUAUGUCUGCUGAAAUUGAAAACCUGAAGAUGAAAAGUAUAAUUCUAACACAAGAGCGUAGAAAAUUAAAAGCACUCCUAAGAACUAGGUCUGGAAAAUCGAACGCCCUGCAAGAAGUUGAAAUACAAGAAGGCAAGAUAUUAUGCAAUGAAGCCUUGGAGAAGAUAGCUGAGUUAAAUCAGAAAAUCUAUAAACUGAAGUCAUUGGCGAUUAAAGCACAAAAAGCCUGCAAUGCUUGUAAACUGCAACUGUCUGCUAGCACUGAAAAAGGUGACCGUUUAGCGAAGGAGACAAAGCAACGAAUUGACCUUUGUGCAUUAUUAAAGACAACGAAAAAGGAGGCUCAUAAGAAAGUCAACGAUGAAAUGAAUAUGCACGCUGAGGUGCUCAAUGCAGCCGAGAUUUAUCGCGUGCCUACAGUGUCAGAUUUUAUUGAUAGUGUUUUAGAGCGUAAGAUAUUGGAUAGGAAAAUAAAAAUGCAAAAUCGUAAACUGAGCUUAGCCAAGAAAUUAGCGACGAUCACUCGGCAAAAACGUUGUCACUGUUUCAUUCCCGGUUUUCCCCCUUUUUAA